AAUUUGGAUUAGAAAAUACCAAAAAUAAGAUGUUUAAACAUGACAACUACCGAUUAAUAAUUCUUCCUAAAGGAGUGGUAUCAAAAAAACUUGUUGGUGCUCUUAAUACACGCUUAAUUGCAUUAUUAUGCAAUCUUUUAGCUGCUUUGACACCGCUGUAG